UAACUGGCAGCAGAUUAGCAACUUCAGCAUUCCCCAACUGCACAGAGAGAGACCUGCACCCAGGGUCACACCGCUCAGACUGGAGGUUGGCAUUUACCCAUGGGCACCCUGCUGUGUUAUAACUGCAGCUGAAUUACAUCUUUCAGUACCGACGGUGGGAUUUGGUUAUGUUGUUCCAGCUCCACCCACUGCGCCAUCCUGAUAAGGAGAAUGGCUGAUAUCAGGCUCCGCCUCCUGGGGACCCCCUGAGACUCUUCCUGCCCGGUGAUGCCCUGUCCUCCAUUUGCAAUGAACCGGUCCGAGGUGUCGUCUGAGAUACACGACAUUGUGUCAUCAGCCAUUCAGAGUCCAACAUUAGAAGGUGCCUCUCUGCCCCCCCAGAAUUAUGAGGAUGAGGGGGAUGUAAUCCAGGCACUGGAGAUUGAAAGAUUUGAGGAGAUUUUGCAAGAGAUCCACCCCAGGAGCCCCACAGAGCUGGGCAGAAGCUACAGUGAGGAGGAUUUCCAGUAUCACCGCCAAUCAUCCCAUCACAUUCACCACCCACUGUCCUCCCACCUUCCCUCGGAGCCCUGCGGCCGGGAUGGGCGCAAACACAAGAAGCGCCCGAGAAGCAAGAGGCAGGCGUCUGCCCCCGGAGAGACCCCCGGAACCAUCCAGGAGGGAGAGGAAGAUGAAGAUGAGGAGAACAUAGAGGGGGAUAAAACCCCAGAGGAAGCUGCAGACACAGGGAACAUACAGUUCUUCCUGGUGGAUGAGAGUAAGACUGUGAGUAACGCAGCCCUGGCACCGACCACAAUUACUCAGGGCAAAAUGAAUGAGGAUGGAAAUGGUCCAGGAACAAAGGAGCGAUCUGGCAGUGUCCCUUGUGGGGAUGGAGUUACCCGCCACUCCCACCGCCCGCCCCCCACCCACCGGAGCUACAGUCUGACUGAGCGGCGCCGCAUUGGCAGCAUGACCCACCCUGAGGAUGCCCAUUACCACCAAGUGCCAACCGAUGAAACAGAAGCAGAGACAUUGGCAUCCGCCGACCUGGACUACAUGAAGAGUCAUCGGUUCGAGGACCUUCCUGCUGUCCGCAGGCACCUUGUGCGCAAAAACAAAGGGCAAGUAGUCCAUAUGAAUCAGGAGCAUCACGAGAGACAGCCCCAUCGGAAAAGUGUCUCUCUUCAACCUCAUGAGGUGUUUGUGGAGCUGAACGAGCUCGUCUUGGACAAACAUCAGGAGCUGCAAUGGAAGGAGACCGCUCGCUGGAUCAAGUUUGAGGAAGAUGUUGAGGCAGAAACUGACCAAUGGGGAAAACCCCACGUGGCCUCUCUCAGCUUCCGUAGCUUGUUAGAGCUCAGGCGGACUUUAGCGCACGGUGCUGUAUUGUUGGACCUGGAUCAGAGGACCCUCCCAGGAAUAGCCCAUCAAGUGGUGGAACAAAUGAUCAUCAGUGACCAAAUCAAAGCUGAGGAUCGAGCCAAUGUACUGAGAGCUCUUCUCCUUAAACACAGCCACCCCAGUGAUGAGAAGGACUCUUCUUUUUCCCGUAAUAUCUCGGCGGCCAGUCUUGGCUCCCUCCUUGGACACCACAGUACAAAUCACGUUUCCCAGCAAAGUGAGCCCAACCUGACUGACCCCCUAAUGGGGGGAGAUCCCUGUGACCAAGAGACCAAGAUAGACAUUGAGCGAGAGAGAGAGUCGAUCCCUUCGCUCCCCUCGAUCCAGCGAUCAAAGUCUAAGCAUGAGCUGAAGCUUCUGGAGAAGAUUCCAGAGAAUGCCGAGGCCAGUGUGGUACUAGUAGGCUGCGUGGAGUUCCUGGAACAACCCACAAUGGCGUUUAUUCGGCUGCAGGAGGCUGUGGAGCUGGACUCUGUAUUGGAGGUUCCUAUUCCUGUGCGAUUCCUGUUUGUGCUGCUGGGGCCGAGUACGUCAAAUCUGGAUUACCAUGAGAUUGGCCGAUCCAUAUCAACCCUGAUGUCUGACAAGCCAUUCCAUGAGGCUGCCUACCUUGCUGAUGACCGCCAGGACCUUCUCAGUGCUAUUAAUGAGUUCCUGGACUGCAGUGUGGUCCUGCCUCCUUCUGAGGUUAUGGGGGAAGAAUUGCUGCGCUCCGUUGCCCUGUUUCAGAGGGAAAUGCUGAGGAGACGUCAGGGGCAAGAGAAGAAGGCUUUGGAGGAACCCAGUGAUGCCCAGGACAAAGCCCUUCUGAAGAAAACUGCCCCAGACAGUGGAGGAGACGACGACCCCCUGCGCAGGACAGGCAAACCUUUUGGGGGGCUUAUUCGUGAUAUCCAGCGACGUUACCCCAAAUAUGUCAGUGAUUUCCGGGAUGCCCUGGAUGCGCAGUGUAUGGCUGCCGUCAUCUUCAUUUACUUUGCUGCUCUCUCUCCGGCAAUCACAUUCGGUGGUCUCCUCGGUGAGAAGACGGGAGGUCUCAUUGGAGUGUCCGAGUUAAUAAUCAGCACCUGUUUGCAGGGGGUCAUAUUUUGCCUGUUGGGGGCCCAGCCGCUGCUCAUUGUGGGCUUUUCGGGGCCACUGCUGGUAUUUGAGGAAGCCUUUUACACGUUCUGCUCAGCUAAUGGCAUGGAGUACCUGGUGGGCCGAGUGUGGAUUGGGUUCUGGCUGAUAGCCAUUGUGGUCAGUAUGGUGGCCUGUGAGGGAAGCUUCCUGGUUCGCUUUGUUUCUCGAUUCACCCAAGAAAUCUUCUCAAUUCUCAUCUCCCUCAUCUUCAUCUACGAAACCUUCUUUAAACUCUUCAAGGUCUUCCAGGAGCACCCUCUGACCAACUGCCGCUUCCAGAACUCCACCGACGACGAGGCCCUAAAUGUAACCGAGACCCCUCUACAGAAUGGAACGGAAUCCACUGGCCCCAUUCGUGUGACUGGGCAGCCAAACACUGCCCUCCUGUCUCUGGUGCUCAUGGCCGGGACCUUCUUCAUUGCUUUUUUCUUGCGCAAACUCAAGAACAGUAAUUUCUUUCCAGGGAGGGUGCGUCGGACCAUUGGAGAUUUUGGGGUUCCCAUUGCCAUUCUCAUUAUGGUACUUGUGGACUUCAGCAUCACUGACACCUAUACUCAGAAGUUAAGUGUCCCCAGUGGCUUCAAGGUGACGUCACCAGAGAAACGAGGUUGGGUGAUAAACCCACUGGGCUCCGAGGAGCCAUUCCCAGUUUGGAUGAUGUUUGCCAGUGUCCUUCCCGCCUUGUUGGUCUACAUCCUCAUCUUCAUGGAAACCCAGAUUACCACGCUGAUUAUCAGUAAGAAGGAGCGGAUGUUGGUGAAGGGAUCGGGGUUCCACCUGGAUUUGCUGCUGAUCGUUGCUAUGGGGGGGAUCAGCGCUCUCUUCGGGUUGCCAUGGAUGGCCGCCACUACUGUGCGCUCGGUGACCCACGCCAACGCUCUCACUGUUAUGAGCAAAGCUGUGGCCCCCGGGGACAAACCAAAAAUACAGGAGGUCAAAGAACAGAGAGUGACUGGUCUUCUGGUGGCCAUCCUUGUGGGUCUGUCCAUAGUGAUUGGGGACGUCCUGCGACAGAUCCCAUUGGCUGUUCUCUUUGGAAUCUUUCUGUAUAUGGGAGUCACGUCGUUGAAUGGGAUCCAGUUCUAUGAGAGAUUCCAACUGCUCCUGAAACCCCCCAAGCACCACCCGGACGUCAUGUAUGUGAAGAAGGUGCGGACCCUUCGGAUGCAUCUCUACACUGCUCUGCAACUUGUCUGUCUGGCAGUUCUGUGGGUCGUCAUGUCUACGGCCGCGUCCCUGGCCUUCCCCUUCAUCCUCAUCCUCACCGUCCCCCUGCGCCUCUUCCUCCUCAGCCGGAUAUUCACUGAGCGGGAACUGAAAUGCCUUGAUGCCGAUGAGGUACAACCAAUAUUUGAUGAACAGGAGGGUGUGGAUGAGUACAAUGAAAUGCCAAUGCCAGUAUAAAGCCAAUUUUGCCACUUGGGAUAAGACCACACAGAUCUGGGGGACAUGGAAACUGCCCUAAUACCGAUAUUCCUCUUGUCCUAUAUAGAACUUGUGCUGGAGAAGAUCCUUUUGGGGGGCAGAUCUUCAGAAUGACAUUUCAAGGGAUGGGGAGGGGGUUGCUGCCCUGAACUUGUAUAAAAUGCUCCUGUAAUUGGGAGUCAGGUGACUUAGAUGCUUGUACAAACUGACUGGGGGUCCAAACUGGGGGCUUGGACUAUAGUAACACCAGAUCUUAGGCCCCUAGAACCUCUUGACACAUGGUUUGGGACAAAGGGCACUCACACUGUCUGCUAGGGGCCAUAUUGAGUAAUGUCCGACUGUUGCUCUAACAAGAGAGGGAACCAUGACUGCUAUUCCAGGUGCCAGUGCUUUGCUAAUCAUGAGUGACCAGAAUUCUAACCUAUCCAAUUGGACAGAGGAGAAGAUACACCUCAAGCAGGAUGUGAAAUGAUGAUUUGUGUAUGUAAAGAAGGUGGAAGCUCAUCCCUUGCUCGGGGUAGGGAUUACUGCCAGGCUCCUCUGGUACCUCAGGGCAAAGGGAAGGCACUUUCUGCUACUUUGCUCCUGAAAAGACGAGGAAGGGUUUCAUACCCCACCUACUAGGCCAAGCUAGACGUCUGCUAUGGGUCCUCAGGUGAAAGUAUAGGAUUAUCCCUCAACAGAAGAAGGUUGAUGAGUCUUAGGUCUUUAAUCCUUAGCAAGUAGAGGCAGAGGUCUGUUACUGCAAGAGGUAACAUGGAGCUGCUCCUCAGUGCUGGGCAGUACUGGUCUCAUUUGCAUUGAUAGCAUCAAGUAAAGGUCUGUUACACCCCAAA